AUGGCCUUGGAAGACGAUGUAGAACCGGCCUCUAGUACCCAUAAUUGGUAUCUCUCUGACCUCAACCUGAGUCUGCAGUUUCACAAUCACAGCUUAGCCGUCAUCGCCAUUCUAGUCUUGUCCAUCAUAAUCCUCAUCACCAUCUUUUUCUUCUAUUUUAUUCGCCAACAUCGCCAGUUUUCAUCGUCAUCCGGCCGCACAAGUACCAGUGCUUAUGCUGCAGUACUCGGAGUCGGAGGAAUAAUUGGCGUUUCGAUGGCUCAGAACAACAACAACAACAAGGGACUUGAUGAAGCCACAAUCAAUAGCUUGCCCGUUUUCUUGCAUAGCUCAUUGCGCAGUACCACUGCUAUGGUAAGUAGUAGUAGUUCUGAGUUGGAAGGUGCAGUGGGUAGCAGCAGUAGUACUAGUGUUGAAGAAUAUAAUAACGAGUGCUCAAUCUGCUUGGCUUUGUUCGAAGAAAAUGAAAGGGUAAAGGUGAUUCCCGGAUGCAUGCAUGUCUUCCAUUCUGAAUGCGUUGAUAAAUGGCUGCAAAACAAGGCAAGCUGUCCUCUUUGUCGAUCCAACCUCUGUCCUUCUUCUUCUUCUACCACUGCUUCGCUACUAAUUGCUGCAUAA